AUGAAAUGGGUCCCCGAGGAGGCAUGCGGGUGCCCCCAGAGCUCUCUCCCGCUCGCACCCCGAAAGCGAGGGGCCACGCCGCCCCCGACCCUCGCAGGCGUCCGCCACCUGCCAGAUGAGGCCGCGACCGGGGGCCGGGGUUCGGCCGCAAGGAAGGGGAAGCCCAGCCCAGGCCCCCUCGGCGUCCGCCCCGGCCCGGCGGCCAGGGAAGGAACCCGGGGCCGGAGGCUUCCGCCCGGCGCGGCCGAGCCCGCCAGGGGCCUAGCUCGGGGGCCGCUCGUGCUCCCGAGGACCCGUCCCCGUCGUGCGGAGCGCGCAGCCGCCUCAGCCCAAUCCGCGGAGCCUCGGGGCGGCGGGCGCAGCGCCCGCACCUGCCCUGCGCCUUGCGGCAGCCCCGCGAACGGCUUCACCCACCUGGCGCCCUCGCCGCGCCUCCCGCACGUCACAGCGCGGCUCCGCGCUCCUCAGCACCAGCAGCCUGGGAGCAGGCAGGCGCCGGGAGACCCUGCUCUGCCGCCGUCGCCGCCGCUGCCGCCGGCUUGGUCGUCAGGCCGCCGCCAGCGAACCUGUUGCGUAGCCUGUCACGGCCGCUUGGGCUCCGCGGGCGCCGCCUCAGCCCCACAACAACAUGGCGGCCGCGGCCUCCGCAGGAAGCCGGGGGGCGGGGAGGUAGGCGCCGGGCCGGGCAGCAGACGGCCCGCCCGCUGCCGGGCACCGACUCCCCACCCUUGGGAGCCCGAAACCGCCCGGGCGUGGCUUCUCGUCCCCAGAGUUCUAGAGCACUGAACCUUGAAGAUCGGCGCCGAAUCGCUAGGGUCGAAAGUGCUGCUCCCUGCCCUCGGGGAAGCCCCGAAGCCCCAGCCCUGGCAGCCCUUCCUGGGGCUGCGGAGACCCACCUGGCUCCUCCUCCCCGAGGUGACAUGCCGAGCUUGGGUGGUGCUUUUCCUGCCACGACGGACCCCGGGGUUUUGGAAAGUGCCAAGCAGUGCCUGGCACAUCCCUGUAGCACCCCACAGGGGGCUCUCCCUGGAACCUUCCCACUCGCCGAAAUCUGCUCCACUGAUCUGGGGGCACGAAUUCUCUGGGAAUUGGGGGGUGGAAAGUGGGAAGGAGGUUGAUGUCUGUUACCUCUUGAACCCUUCUCAGGGACCUGGAGGACUUCCCCAUAUCUGAGGGUCAUCCAUUUACUAACCCUCGCCCUCCUCCCCGAGCACCCUGUAUCCUAUUCACACUCCCACGAGCAGCAGGAAGACUGUCCCCAGAGAGCACAGCGCACCAAAGCUCAACUUUCCUCCCCACCCCAUAGCCAAGGAACGGUUUUAGCUCAAACUCAGAAUUUGUCUCUUUCUUUCUCCCCUCCCAGUCCUGGUCU